CUCUCCAACAUAAUCAUUCUAAUCUUCACUCUCGUCAUAAUCACCUGACUUUACUAUCUUGAGACCAUUCACAUUACAUUUGUCUUUCCAGAAAAAAAAAAAAGGAAAAAAGAGAGAAGAAAAAGAAGCGAUCAAACGGCGUGAGCAGAAAUCAUAAUGGCAGAAACAUCAUUGGCAGCACUAGUCAACAAUAUAAAUAUGUAGGACCAACAAUCCAUAAAUAUUUAUGCAUGCCUUUGCCUCUUCUUCAGCAAAUAAAUGAGAAUCAGUAAGAGCAGGCAUGGAACUUGCACAAAUUAUGCGCAGCUUUGUGCUUCUCCUGGCAUUUAUCUUACCACUCCCUAAGUUGUCUGUGUGUUUACCUACAACUUCAUCUCCUCAAGGAAGAAACCUCCCCUUUAUGACCUCAGAUGUCAGACAGGUAUCAGGCAAGUCCUUUGAUUACAUUGUGGUUGGGGGAGGCACGACAGGAUGCUCUCUAGCAGCAACAUUGUCUGAGAGAUUCUCAGUGUUGUUGGUAGAACGCGGAGGCUCACCUUACGGAAAUUGCUUCAUAGAAGAUAAGAAGUUCUAUGGUUUCUCAUUGAUACAAACUGAUGAAUUUACAUCUGUUGCUCAAGCCUUCAUCUCUAAGGACAGGGUUAGCAACAUCAGAGGUCGAGUUCUCGGAGGAUCCAGUGCUAUCAACGGGGGUUUCUACAGCAGAGCCAGCAAGGAUUUUAUUAAGAGAGCUGGUUGGGAUGAAGAUUUAGUAAUGGAGGCUUAUGGAUGGGUGGAAUCUAAAAUUGUACACACGCCUGAGUUAACCAUAUGGCAGUCUGUUGUCCAAUUUGGCUUUCUUGAAGCAGGAAUUCUACCAUAUAAUGGUUUCAACUUAGAACACGUCGAGGGAACAAAAAUCAGUGGGAGUGUGUUUGACAACAGUGGGAAGAGACACACAUCAGCCGAUCUUCUUGAGGCAGGAAACCCAAAAAAUAUCACAGUUCUUCUAAAUGCAACUGUGAAAGAUGUAAUAAUUCACAGAAAUGGCAUAAAUGAGAGCAGGGUUCAUGGUAUAAAGUUCAUCAAGAGCGAUGGGAGCAUAGGACAAAGUUACGAAGCUUACCUCAACAAACCAAACAAUUCAAUCUCCAGGGGCGAGGUAAUUUUGUCAGCAGGGGCUCUAGGUAGUCCCCAAGUUCUAUUACUCAGCGGCAUUGGACCUCCUGAACACCUAAAGAACUUCAAUAUCCCAGUCCAAGUAGAGUUGGAAGGAGUUGGUCAAGGGAUGAUAGACAAUCCUAGCAUUGCCCUCUUGGUAGACACAAAGCCGCAAAAACUGUAUCCAGAUACACCUCAAGUUGUGGGCAUAACAAAAGGUUUUAAAUUCAUAGUUGAAGCAGGGGUUAUACCCAUUAGUUUCAACGCAACGAGGAUGCCAAUCGCUAUCAAAAUAGCUUUUCCAGCAUCAAAAGGGAAGCUUGAAUUGAACAGCACAGACCCAAGACAAAACCCUUCAGUUGAAUUUAACUAUCUAUCAAACAAACUAGACUUGGAGCAAUGUGUGGAGAUGGCACAAUUGGUUGGGCGAGUUGCAAGGUCAGAACCAGUUGCUUUUUUCGUAGGGAAUGAACCCAAAAAUAAUUUGAUGUCUACAAGUGAAGAGGAGCUAAAGCGGUUCUGCAAGAAGAAUGUGAGGACAUAUUAUCACUACCAUGGUGGUUGUGCAGUUGGAUCAGUUGUUGACAAAGAUUACAAGGUUUAUGGUGUGAAGGGGCUCAGAGUAAUUGAUGGUUCAACUUUGAAGGAAUCACCAGGCACAAAUCCAAUGGCUACCCUCAUGAUGCUUGGAAGGUACCAAGGUAUUAAAAUUCUCAGCGAGAGGAAAGAUGCCUGAAUAGCAGUACUAUGUAUUUGUGUACUUUUAUAACUAACGAUGUAAUUGCUCAUCUCUCACUCACUGAAUUGCUCCAAUUCAGGCUAUGAAUAUCACACAAAUUUACAGAAAA